AUGGAGCUCACCACACGGCUCUACGAGAACAAAAUUGAGCAUGCUUAUAUUGGUGGGUAUGCUACUAGUCUUCUUGAUCAACUGCGCACCACGGAUGAUAUCGACGUUAUCGUUGACUCCAGCCCACAAAAAACACAAGAGCUUCUCAUGGCGGAGCGAAAGAGCACAUGCGCUUGCCAUCUGCGGCCACCUGUCAAUAUCAUGCGCCUUGAAGGUCGUUUGAACAUCUCAACGAAAUUAGAAACAGACCUCACUGGCAUCAAGACCCAGCUAAAGUGGAUUACGGACCGAGGAAUGCACAUAGACUCUGCUGGUUACCCGGAAAGACCAAAGACCCUCAGUCUGGAUAACGUGAGCGGUUUGUACAAAAACGUCGAAUCCGAGCAGAACGACAUCAGAGAACUUCUGGAGCAAGCCCUAGAACCUCAUGAUCUGGCAGCUGUGCUUGCGCUUGUGGCAUCUUCUCAGGCUUGA